CUUCCUUAUCUCGCCGCUGCGCCCAUCUUAUCUCUCACCGGAGCGUCUAGUCAAACGCCGACAAACUGCGCCGAUCAUAUGUCUCUCGGACAAUGGCGGCCCUUUGUCCGCUCCCUCUCGACCUUUACGCGCAGGAUGGCGACGGACGCGAGUGCAGCAAAGAUUAUUGACGGUACUGCCAUCGCGAAGUCGGUGCGCGAGGAUGUGGCGGGCAAGAUCGCAUCGAUGCGCGCGCGCUUCCCCCGGUUUACGCCUCAGCUUGCCAUCGUGCAGGCUGGUACGCGUCCGGACUCGGUCGUGUACGUGCGCAUGAAGAGCAAGGCCGCCCAGGAGGUCGGCAUCGCGUUCAAGCAUGUCACACUACCCGAGGAGGCGACGACUGAGGAGGUUGUCGACGUCGUGCAGCGUCUGAACGCCGAUGAAGGCGUCAGCGGUAUUCUGGUCCAGCUCCCCCUUGGUCCCCAUGUCGGUGCAUCUGGUGAACGCACCGUGACGGAGGCGAUCAGCCCAGAGAAAGACGUGGAUGGGUUCCACGCAUACAACAUCGGUCACCUUUCCUCGCGCGAUUCCAACCCCCUCUUUGCCCCGUGCACGCCCUCUGCUGUCAUCCGCCUCCUUGAGAGCACGGGUGUCGAGAUAGCCGGCACCAAUGCGGUCGUACUAGGACGUAGCGAUAUUGUCGGCAGCCCAGUAGCCUCGAUGCUCAGGAACAAGGACGCCACGGUCACGCAAUGUCAUAGUCGUACGAAGAACAUCGAGUCGGUCGUCCGGAACGCCGACAUCGUCGUCUCUGCGAUCGGCAAGGCUGAAUGGGUGAAGGGAUCUUGGAUCAAGCCAGGCGCCGUCGUCAUCGAUGUUGGCAUCAACUACAUUCCCGACGCCUCGAAGAAGUCCGGCCAGCGUAUGGUCGGCGACGUUGAGUACGCCGAAGCAGCCAAGGUCGCUUCGUAUAUCACCCCCGUACCCGGAGGCGUAGGCCCGAUGACCGUCGCUAUGCUCAUGGACAACACCUACCGUGCCGCUGAGCGCCUCUGGGAGAAGGCUCGCUCGCGCAAGCUCAAGCCACUCAAGUUGAAUGUGCUGGAGAAGGUCCCUACUGACGUCGAGAUCUCGAUGGCGCAAACGCCGAAGCCGGUCACGCAGCUCGCGGAGGAGAUUGGUCUUCUGCCGAGCGAGCUCGAGAGCUACGGGCAGUACAAGGCGAAGGUCGACCUCUCCGUCCUGGAGCGUCUUGCGCACCGCAAGAACGGGAAAUACAUUGUGAUUGCAGGCAUUACCCCGACGCCGUUGGGUGAGGGCAAGUCUACUACGACGAUCGGUCUUGCGCAGGCUCUGGGAGCAGAGCUCGGCCGCCCUGCGUUCGCUUGCGUGCGCCAGCCCAGUCAGGGUCCUACAUUCGGCAUCAAGGGGGGUGCAGCUGGCGGCGGUUACAGCCAGGUCAUUCCCAUGGACGAGUUCAACUUGCACUUGACGGGUGAUAUCCAUGCUGUCACCGCGGCAAACAACUUGCUUGCUGCUGCGCUCGACGCUCGCAUCUUCCACGAGGCCACUCAAUCAGACAAGGCGCUCUACAGCCGCCUCGUGCCUGCGAAGAAGGGCAAGCGCGAGUUCGCGCCGCUGAUGUUCAAGCGCUUGGAGAAAUUGGGGAUCAACAAGACGGACCCGAACGACCUGACGCCUGAGGAGAUCACUCGCUUCGCGCGCCUCGAUGUAGACAAGGACACGAUCACCUGGAAUCGCGUCCUCGACACCAAUGACCGGUACUUGCGCAAGAUUCAGAUCGGUCUUGCUGCGACCGAGCAGGGCCACUCGCGCGAGGCGGCGUUCGACAUUGCUGUCGCGUCCGAGUGCAUGGCUGUCCUUGCCCUCACGACCGGUUUGCAGGACAUGCGCGAGCGCCUCGGCAAGAUGGUCGUCGCGACGAGCAAGCAGGGCGAGCCCGUCACCGCUGACGACAUUGGAGUUUCCGGUGCUCUCGCUGUCCUGCUCAAGGACGCCAUCAAGCCGAACUUGAUGCAGACGCUCCAGGGUACGCCCGUCUUCGUGCACGCCGGCCCCUUCGCGAACAUCGCGCACGGCAAUUCGUCCAUCCUCGCCGACCAGGUCGCGCUCAAGCUCGCCGGCACGGAGGAGGGGGAUGAGGCGUCGCGCGUUGGCUACGUCCUGACCGAGGGCGGCUUCGGCGCGGACAUGGGCAUGGAGAAGUUCUGCAACAUCAAGUGCAGGGUCAGCGGCCUCAAGCCGGACGCAACCGUCAUCGUCGCCACCACCCGCGCGCUCAAGAUGCACGGCGGCGGGCCCGACGUUUCCCCGGGCAAGCCGCUCGCGGACACCUACACCAAGGAGGAUCUGGUCACGCUCAAGGAGGGCUGCAAGAACCUCGCGAAGCACAUCGAGAACUCGCGCAAGUUCGGGAUUAAGGUUAUCGUUGCGAUCAACCAGUUUGCGUCGGACACGCCGGCGGAGCUGGAGCUCGUGCGGGAGGAGGCGCUAAAGGCGGGCGCGGACGCGGCUGUAGUGAGCAACCACUGGGCGGAGGGCGGCAAGGGUGCGCGCGCGCUGGCGGAGGCGGUCAUCGAGACGUGCGAGGGCGAGUCGCAGUUCAAGUUCCUCUACGAUUUGGACCAGCCGAUCGAGAAGAAGAUUGAGACGAUCUGCAAGGAGAUCUAUGGCGCGGAUGGCAUUGAGCUCAGCGAGCUUGCGCAGAAGCAGGUGGACACCUACUCGAGGCAGGGAUACAGCGGACUUCCCAUUUGCAUGGCGAAGACGCAGUACUCAUUCUCGCACGACCCGAAGCUGAAGGGUGUGCCGACGGGCUUUACUGUGCCCAUCCGGGCCGUGCGCUUGUCCGCUGGUGCUGGCUUCCUGUACCCGCUCCUCGGCGACAUGCAGACCAUGCCGGGCCUUGGAACGCGUCCAGGCUUCUGGGAGGUUGGACUUGACCCGCAGACUGGCAAGGUUGUCGGUCUGUUCUAGAUGAGCAAUAGAACAGUAGAGGGUCUCAACGACCUGCUUUGAUACGCCCGCCGUCUUCAUCAGAUGGCUCCCUGGACAUGCGCCGGGAGAAGGGCGCUGUUCAACACAGGCUGCGCAGCGCGCCAGGUGCCUAGUUAUUCGCUGCAUCUCCUGCAGCUGGGAUCGGCGCGACGAGGAGGGACGGGUAAUGUGUACGGAGUUGCAGCGGCAGCGUGGUGCAGUAAUAACAUAAUUCGAGUACGUACGGCGUGUAUAUCCUGGAACAAGGACUGCCAGAAGGAGAUGGCUGCUGCGGGAAAGCAUAUUCUUUUGACGGCGCGUAC